CAUCGUAUUAUUUGUAUGGUUUUUUUCCCCUCUCACCUCCAGACCAGCAGGGGGCGCUGCUGUGUUUCUCUCCGGGAGAAGAGGAGAGUUGGCGGUAAAACUUGUUCAUUUGGAUCGAAGCAGAGCUGCAGCCUGAACCGAUCGCUUGUCCACAAUGAGACCGGAGGCCUAAAGGACAUUUGGGAGAUGCAUCGGUGGGAUCUGUCUCCGUUCUCUGUGACUCCUGCAGCCAGCCUGCUGUCCAGAUGUGUCUCCGUCGGAGCCGUGUCCCAGGGGGAACUGGACCAGGCCUUCUCGGACCCCGAUCCCGUCGUCUCAUGGCGGCUGCGUGAGGCGGAGUUGCAGUUCAGGAAGCAGAAGCAGCUGGAGGAGGUCCAGCUGCAGCUGGAGCUCCUGAAGGUGGAAGAACAGAGCGCCGACGUCACCCAGGGCUUCCACCUCGGUGACAAGACUGAGGAGCUGCAGCUGCUGGGGAACCACCUCCUGGACGUUUUGAAGGACCAGAAGGUUCUGGUCCAAAGGCUGAUGAGGCCGUUAGCCCGGACCGGUCUGCCCGUCCCGGCCCACAUGCAGCGCUUCGUGGUGGACUCCGUCAAGAUGAUGAUUGACUUCAUAGAGCGUCUGGAGGAGAAGCUAAGCUCCGCCCACUGUCUGAACGCCACCAGCGACCGCCUCGCCCUGCUGGAAAGCUCGCUCGCCCUCCUGCUGACCCUGGCAGCAGAAUCAGAAACUUUGUUCUGCAAGAUCCAGCAGUGGAGAUCCGUCAGCAGCAGCAGCUGCUCAGAGCCUCCGUCUUCUGGGCCGUCGGCCCCCUGAGGGAACCGGACCGGUCUGUUUAGCCCAGACUGAGAUCAUCUAGAUUUUGUUUAUUUUAGAA